CCUUCACCUCAUCUCAAAUCAUCCAAGCAUUCAAACCUCCUCCACCGUCUCCCACUCCGACCAUCUCUCCGGCGACCACCACCGUCCCUUCCCAUCCUCCGAAGAUGAGUUCCGCCGGCGGCAGGGGCAAGGCGAAGGGCUCCAAGUCCACCACGCGGUCGUCCAAGGCCGGCCUCCAGUUCCCCGUCGGCCGCAUCGCCCGGUACCUCAAGAUCGGCAAGUACGCGCAGCGCGUCGGCGCCGGCGCCCCCGUCUACCUCUCCGCCGUCCUCGAGUACCUCGCCGCCGAGGUCCUCGAGCUCGCCGGCAACGCGGCGCGCGACAACAAGAAGACCCGCAUCGUGCCGCGCCACAUCCAGCUGGCCGUCCGCAACGACGAGGAGCUCAGCAAGCUGCUUGGCGCCGUCACCAUCGCCGCCGGCGGCGUCCUGCCCAACAUCCACACCACGCUGCUCCCCAAGAAGGCCGGCAAGGCCAAGGGCGACAUCGGAUCUGCCUCGCAGGAGUUCUAGAGCCUUCCAGAUCGAACAACCAUGGCUCACUCUUGACCCAAGAUUUGAGUCCUCUGUCCGUCUUUACUACAGUAGUAUGGUGAUGCGCUAGGCUGUUAGAUUAGUUUCUUGGUGAAUGUUUUGGUUUGGUGUAUCGAUGAUGAAUCUGGUUGGUAUGGAAUACAAGCAAUCUGGUUCAUGUUA